UGCAAAGCGUGCAGAUGAUGCUGGACACCUCCAAGGACAGCACACCCGUUUGCGCUUUACGCACGACCGCUGGCGGAGUGCUCUCCGCACACAAAGGUACCGAAAUAAGAAAGAUUGGAUCCCGAUGCCUUGGGAUCGGCGGAGUGUUGAGAAGCGGGACUGCAGCCGGGCUCGGAUUUGUGCUUUGAUGGGGCUUGGAAGGGACCGUGCGUAAAGCCGUGUGCUGUGUGCGUUUCGGAGAGGAGCUGUCACUCACCACCUGUUGCCAGGUGGUCUUGGCCUUAACUCUUGGACGUCUACUAUGACAUUGGGUUUGGAAGGUACUGUCAUGGAGGAUAUUGUUAUCGACGUGGUGGGGGAAGGACUGAAAGACAGCGGAGAGGAGCAGCUAUUGCUUUCAGAGGAGUCUCAGAGCGAGCAGGAGCGCAGCACGGAGACUUCCAGCAGCCAGACCGAAGAUCCAGCGUGUCCUCCUCCUGCUAAAAGCAAAGCCCCCGCGUCCGUGAAGCCUCCAUACUCGUACAUUGCUCUGAUAACCAUGGCCAUACUGCAGAGCCCAAAGAAACGUCUGACCCUCAGCGAGAUUUGCGACUUCAUCAGCCACCGCUUCGUUUAUUACCGGGAAAAAUUCCCAGCCUGGCAGAACUCGAUCAGACACAAUCUGUCGCUGAACGACUGCUUUGUAAAGAUGCCCAGAGAGCCCGGCAACCCGGGCAAAGGGAACUACUGGACGCUGGAUCCCAACUCCUCCGACAUGUUUGAGAACGGAAGUUUCCUGCGGCGGAGGAAGCGCUUCAAGCGGCAGCAUUUUCGCUUCGACCCGCUGAAGGAGCAGCACCUGGAGCCGAGCGGGCUUCACUGCUUUGCGCACCGCGCUUACGGCCUCGGCGCGGCCGCUCUGCAGCUACCCGGUCUGGAGAUCUACCCCUUCCUCCACCACCAUCAUACUCCCUCUCCGUGCGGCACCGCCACCAUCCCACCUGUCAGCAGCAUCCUCCCGGCUCUGUCCACCUUCUUCUCCCGCAGCGCCCUCACGGCCAAGGCCUUCCUGCAGUCACAGCCGGGACUGGACGCUUUCUCCCCGGCCCAGUGCGCCACGUAUUCGCCUCCUCUGACCUCCAGCGCUCCCUACGCGCCCCCUGGUCUCUUCCACCCAACGUCUCCUCAGCUCCUCGGUUUGCAUCAGCAAUACCAUAAAAUACAGACUCAGCGGAGCAGCGGAGAGCUAACCAAACACACCAACACCAAUAACGAAUAAUCCCUUAUAAAGCGGACUUCGAACAUGUGUUUUCUCAGGUAACAGAGACCUUUUAAAGAACAAUCACAGUUGCUGCAGCGCGAAAUGGAUGAAACUCUCCCCGGUUUACGGCAAAAAUAUCUGUGGGCUCUUCUGUCGUUUGAUCAUGACUUUGUUUUAAUAUUUAAAUGGGAAGUUUCCUAAAUGUUUUUGUCUGGAAAAAUAAAGUUGAAGA